AUGGCGGCAUCGAGGAGCUACUUAGGUAGAGGAAACUACCUGUACUUCUCCGGCGAAAGAGAAGGUCCUACGGCGACGGAUUUGAGGUUCGAAUUCAACGAAUUCGACGUCUGGAACGUCUCCUCGUCGCCGGACUUUCAUAAGUCGGUAACAGGUUCUCGAAUCUCGAAGAAGUCGGUACCGACGACGGAGAAGCGAGGAGGCGUGGUUAGAGGAACAGCGUUGUCGCUGCCGGUUGAUGUUCCUGAUUGGUCAAUGAUACUGAAGGAUGAACUCAUGGAAAACCGUAGGACACUCGGCGACGAUGAUGAUUUUGAUGAUGAUCGGUACGGCGACGAGGACCGGAUUCCGCCGCACGAGUAUUUAGCGAGGGGAAGAAUCGCGUCACUUUCUGUACAUGAAGGAAUUGGUAGGACUUUGAAAGGGAGGGAUCUGAGCAGGGUUCGUAACGCGGUAUGGAAGAAAAUCGGAUUUGAAGAUUGA